AUGACAAUGCUGGCAUCAUAUUUCGAUUCUCUAGUGUCUAAAAUGCCUUCGUUAUCAACCUCUGAUCACGCCUCUGUGGUGUCAUUGAAUCUCUUUGUUGCACUUCUUUGUGCUUGUAUUGUGCUUGGCCAUCUUUUGGAAGAGAACCGAUGGAUGAACGAAUCCAUCACCGCCUUACUGAUUGGACUUGCCACUGGUGUUGUCAUUUUGUUGAUUAGUAAUGGGAAAAGCUCACAUCUUCUGGUCUUCAGUGAAGAUCUUUUCUUCAUAUAUCUUUUGCCACCCAUAAUAUUCAAUGCAGGGUUUCAAGUGAAAAAGAAGCAGUUUUUCCGCAACUUCGUGACUAUUAUGCUUUUUGGUGCUGUUGGGACUGUUAUUUCUACCACUGUCAUUACUCUAGGUGUAACACAGUUCUUUAAGCACUUGGACAUUGGGACCUUUGACUUGGGUGAUUAUCUUGCAAUUGGUGCCAUAUUUGCUGCAACAGAUUCUGUGUGCACACUUCAGGUUCUGAAUCAAGAUGAGACACCUUUGCUUUACAGUCUUGUAUUCGGAGAGGGUGUUGUGAAUGAUGCCACAUCAGUUGUUAUCUUCAACGCAAUUCAGAGCUUUGACCUCACCCACCUUAACCAUGAAGCUGCUUUUCAUCUUUUUGGAAACUUCUUGUAUUUGUUUCUCCUGAGCACCUUGCUUGGUGUUGCAACCGGUCUGAUAAGUGCGUAUGUCAUCAAAAAGCUAUACUUUGGAAGACACUCAACUGACCGAGAAGUUGCCCUCAUGAUGCUUAUGGCGUAUCUGUCUUAUAUGCUUGCUGAGCUUUUCGAGUUGAGUGGUAUUCUCACUGUGUUCUUCUGUGGGAUUGUGAUGUCCCAUUACACCUGGCACAACGUAACCGAGAGCUCAAGAAUUACCACCAAGCAUACGUUUGCAACCUUGUCGUUUCUUGCGGAGACAUUUAUUUUCUUGUACGUGGGAAUGGAUGCCUUGGACAUUGACAAGUGGAGAUCAGUGAGUGACAGCCCUGGAACAUCAGUCGCGGUGAGCUCAAUCCUAAUAGGUCUGCUCAUGCUUGGAAGAGCAGCAUUCGUCUUUCCCUUGUCGUUUCUGUCAAACUUGGCCAAGAAGAACACAAGCGAGAGAAUCGACAUCAAGAUGCAAGUAGUUAUUUGGUGGUCUGGUCUCAUGAGAGGUGCUGUAUCAAUGGCUCUUGCAUAUAACAAGUUCGCAAGAGCUGGAGGCACGGAUACACGUGGUAAUGCAAUCAUGAUCACAAGUACUAUAACCGUCUGUCUCUUUAGCACUGUGGUGUUUGGAAUGCUGACGAAACCGCUGAUAAGAUGCCUAUUGCCGCACCAGAAAGCGACAACGAGCAUGUUAUCUGAUGACAACAACACACCAACUUCCAUCCAGAUCCCAUUGCUGGACCAAGACUCGUUCAUCGAGUUUGCAAACCACAACGUGCCUCGGCCUGACAGUAUACGUGGCUUCUUGACACGGCCUACUCGAACCGUGCAUUACUACUGGAGACUGUUUGAUGACUCCUUCAUGAGACCCGUCUUUGGAGGACGUGGCUUUGUGCCUUUUGUCCCCGGUUCUCCAACUGAGAGAGACCCUCCUCCUGCUCUCAGUAAAGCUUGA